CUACGUUGUUUCCACUGACGUUUUCAGUAGUGGUAGUCACUUUUGUUCUCGCGAUAUUUCCAGGUAAACGGGAGCCCGGGCGGCCCGGGCUUCUGUGAAACAUGGCGGUCGACUGGGACCGAAACAGAAGUAUGACUAUAUAAAAGUAGAAGGUUUUCCUGAAGAUGAGGCGACUGAAUCGGAAGAAAACCUUAAGUUUGGUUAAAGAGUUGGAUGCCUUUCCAAAGGUUCCAGACAGCUAUGUAGAGACUUCAGCCAGUGGGGGUACAGUUUCUCUAAUAGCAUUCACCACUAUGGCUUUAUUAACCAUAAUGGAAUUUUCAGUAUAUCAAGAUACAUGGAUGAAGUAUGAAUAUGAAGUAGACAAGGAUUUUUCUAGCAAAUUGAGAAUCAAUAUAGAUAUUACUGUUGCCAUGAAGUGUCAGUAUGUUGGAGCAGAUGUAUUGGAUUUAGCAGAAACAAUGGUUGCAUCUGCAGAUGGUCUGGUUUAUGAACCAGUGAUAUUUGAUCUUUCACCACAGCAAAAAGAGUGGCAGAGGAUGCUGCAGCUGAUUCAGAGUAGACUGCAAGAAGAACAUUCACUUCAAGAUGUGAUAUUUAAAAGUGCUUUUAAAAGUUCAUCGACAGCACUUCCACCAAGGGAAGAGGAUUCAUCCCAGCCUCCAGAUGCUUGCAGAAUUCGUGGUCAUCUCUAUGUCAAUAAAGUAGCAGGAAAUUUUCACAUAACUGUGGGCAAGGCAAUUCCACAUCCCCGAGGUCAUGCACAUUUGGCAGCACUUGUCAACCAUGACUCAUACAACUUUUCUCACAGAAUAGAUCAUUUGUCUUUUGGAGAGCUCGUUCCAGGAAUUAUUAAUCCUUUAGAUGGAACUGAAAAAAUUGCUGAAGAUCACAACCAGAUGUUCCAAUAUUUUAUUACAGUUGUGCCAACAAAACUACAUACAUAUAAAAUUUCAGCAGACACCCAUCAAUUUUCUGUGACAGAAAGGGAACGUGUCAUUAACCAUGCUGCAGGCAGCCAUGGAGUCUCUGGGAUAUUUAUGAAAUAUGAUCUCAGUUCUCUUAUGGUGACAGUUACUGAGGAGCAUAUGCCAUUCUGGCAGUUUUUUGUAAGACUCUGUGGUAUUGUUGGAGGAAUCUUUUCAACAACAGGCAUGUUACAUGGAAUUGGAAAAUUUAUAGUUGAAAUAAUUUACUGUCGUUUCAGAAUUGGAUCCUACAAACCUGUCAAUUCUGUGCCCUUUGAGGAUGGCCACACAGACAACCACUUACCUCUUUUAGAAAAUAAUACACAUUAGCGCCUCCCAAGUGAAGGAGAAAAACUUUUUUGCCUGAGACUUAAAACCUUUUUUUAAUAGUAAAAUAUUGUGCAAUAUAUUCAAAGAAAAGAAAUAUGAAUAAGAAGCAGGAAUCAUACCUAGAAAAAAAAAAAGGAAAAAAAACCCAAACUGAAAUCCUGUAUAUGUUGUGUCUGUUACAAAUGUCCUAGAAGAAAUUAUGCAGCUAAUCAGUGAAUAAGCCCAGCUGGAGUAUUUCUUUGAAGAUGACCACUUAUGAUAUUUUCACAGCAAAUGGGCAGUAUCGAAAUCAGCCUUGAAGAGUCUGAAGGAAAGAAGUCAAACGACAGCUAAAGAAAAACGCAUUAAUAAGUGCGAAUGUUUGUGUCCUUUUGUUUUUAAAAUAUGUGAUGUCAGAAUAAAAUAUGUAAAACAUAUGGAAAA